UUCGUCCUGGCUUCCUACCAUCACAAUCGCACCUUGACCAGCCUGGCCCGAGGAGGACACAUCUGCCUCUACUUCGGCUUCGCCAUGAGCUUCUUCGGCCUCGCCACCAUGCUCAUCCUCUUUGCCAUGGCGCUGGAGCGAUGCCUGGCCCUGGGGCAGCCGUACUUCUAUGAGCGCUUUCUCAGCCCCCGCACGGGUUUGGUGGCCCUGCCAGCCAUCUAUACCUUCUCGGCGGCGUUCUGCUCCUUGCCACUGGUGGGCUUCGGACGCUAUGUCCAGUAUUGCCCUGGCACCUGGUGCUUCAUCCAGAUGCACCUGGACUACCUCCAGCAGAAUGGCGGCGGGGGGGUGUCCAGGUCGGACAUCGCCUUCUCACUCCUCUACGCCACGUUCCUCCUCUUCCUCAUCCUCUCCGUGCUGCUCUGCAACCUCAGCGUCAUCGCCAACCUGGCCCGCAUGCAUCGCCGCGGGCAGAAGACUCGUCGCCUGGCCACGCUCGAGCAGCCUCGUGCGGCCGGUGGCUGCGGGCGGCGAAUGUUCUCCAUGGCCGAGGAGAUCGACCAUCUCCUUCUUCUCUCCAUCAUGACCAUCAUCUUCGUCAUCUGCUCCCUGCCCUUCACGAUCCGUGCCUAUGUGAACAAGUUCAGCAAGGGAGAGGGCAACCACGAAUGGGACCUCCUGGCCCUGCGGUUUCUCUCCAUCAACUCCAUCGUCGACCCCUGGGUCUUCGCCAUCCUGCGGCCGCCAGUGCUGCGGUUCAUGCGCUCGGCGCUGUGCUGCCAGGUAACCCCCGCGGGCCAGGACAAACAGACUCCAUCCCUCUCAAAGACAAAACUGGGAGCACAACUGCACUCCUGUGGACAGUAG